CAAAAAGCAAGAACCAAAACAAGCCCAAAGCUUCCAACUCUCUCCAGCCACCCCAGCCUGCCCGAGCCGCGGCCAUGCCCAGCCAGCCCGCGGGGGUGCUGCUGCUGGCCUUCGCCCUCUGCGCCCUCCUGGGAGACGGUAUGGGCCACCCUCCUCCCCUGGAGUCCCCCCUGGCUGCAGCCGCUGCUGUGCACCCCCGGACCAAGCGAUGCUCCUGCAACAGCUGGCUGGAUAAGGAAUGCAUCUACUUCUGUCACCUUGAUAUCAUCUGGGUCAACACACCAGGCCACACCGCUCCCUAUGGCUUGGGAAGCCCGCCCAGGCGGCGCAGGAGGUCGCUCAGCAGGUGUCAGUGCACGCUCUCCAGGGACAGCAUCUGUGCCACCUUCUGCCUGGCCAAGCCUGGGUACCUUCAGAGCCUGAAGCUGCCAGGGAGCUCUGGAGCAUCAGUGGAGGCUCCACAGAGGCCUUCCCACCACAGCCUGCUGAGAGCUCUCAGGGACCUUGCUGUCUCCAGGCUGAGGCUUGGCAAGCACCAGCACCGUUCCGGGAGGAACGCGCAGCCAACAGUUCUGCCUUGGGAGAAAAACAUCUGGAAGAAGAAGAGAUAAGAAACAGGUGCAAACCAAGUUCAGCAGAAGAAUUUGGAGUUCUGUGGGUGCCGCUACCUCUGCUGUCGGUAGUUAGAGCUGAAGGAAAGGCCCUGAGUGGAAGGGGAAAGAAGUGGAAGUCUCCAUGCUCCUGUUGCGUGAACCAGUACUGCGUGUGUACUCCAGAGACUGUUGUAAAGGGAAUACUGUCUCUCUAUACAGUCACAGAUGUGUUGUGGAGCUGAAUUGUGCCUUUUUGGAUCAGAGAAGGGUCUUGCUGGUAGAGUGCUAGCUUCACUCUGCACCCGGGCCCUAGACAGAGGGUCAGCCCCCUACUGUGAGGUUGAGUUACUUCCAAAGCAGGUGGAUCUGGGCAGUGCUGGCCCUGGCAGCCCUGAGCCUCUUCACUGCCUGGUCUGCUCUGCCUUGGAGCCAUGUGAAUGUGGUUCCAGCUUGGCCAAACUCAGAGGUGGUUUGGCAGGGAUAAAUUGCCUCCAGCAGGACCUGCCCAAGCCCACCUUUGCACUUUUCUCUCUUACUUGUCAGACAGUGCGAUGUGUGCAUGAAUGAGGCUCCCGUGGUAAAACAGCUCCCAAUCUUUAUUAAAAUGAUAUAUAUCAUCUAGAAGCAUGAAAGCCAGCGGAGUUGUCAGUGGCAUUCCCUGGCUGAGACAUUCCCUGAAGGGCCAUCCUUAAGUGGCUCUUGUUUAGGUGGAGGAUAGAUAGUUUGCUUACACUGGGGCUUGCACCAAGUCCAAGCAUGAUCCCUGCUCCCAGGCAAGGCAGCAGCAGGAAUGGGGGCUCAGGGGGGGCCCUGCCAUUUUUCAGGAGCCCCCUGCAUGCAGCCCCCCAUAGGCUCGGGGAGGAGCCCCCCAGGAUCCCAGGCAGGGCUGAGCUGCUCAUCUGGAUGAGUUAACUGCUGUGAACCUGCCUCAUCUCCUUGGCCAUACCUUUUAGUGCGGUGGAGGACUCCCAGCUCUUAACCUGGCAUCCCAACUUGCUUACAGCUUUGCCUGAAAGGAGGGGCUGGGAGUAGAGAAGGUGGAUGGUGGGAAAAUAUCACACAAAGGCUUCCUUUGCUGCUUCGCUCAGAUCAGGUCCCCAAGUCAAACUUUAUUCAAUAAGUGACCAGGAUAUGGGUAGCCUGUCACUGGGAGGAGAGUAUCUGGAAUAGGGGGUGUGUUAGGUGAGGGGCAGCCAAGUGGGAUUGAUGUGGAGAAAAGGAUUGCUAAGAAGAGAGCACAGCACUGUCUGCACAGCUGUAGGAGAAAGUCUUGGAUUUAAAGCCAUGCCAGGAUCACAGCUGCUUCCCCAGGCCUGGAGCAGUGCAGUGGUGCUGGCCUGGAGGAGGGAAGGGAUAACUGGGAAGAACACUGAGCCCAGGACCUAGAAACCAAUCUUGUAGGCAAACACAAUCUCAAGGCUCUGGAGCUGUAUCAAAAAUGCACGUGUUUGCCUGGGCAGAUUAACUUCUAUUAGGAACCAUGGCUGCAGCAGCCAUCUGGUUUGUGCAGAUACAGAAUUGCUCUCCUGAAACUACUGCUGGGUACCUCUUGGUGCCCAAUCCAGUAUCACGCAUGAGCAUUUAAAAAAGGCUGCUUAAAGUUGGUGGUGGACCAAAAUCUGUGGCUGUUGGACAUAUAAAAUACUUCCUUGAUUUUGCUGGAUGCCCUGGAGGGGGAAAAAAUGAGACCGAUGGAUUGUAUUGUCAGUGAAACAGCAGAUUGAUCAUUUGGUCCCCAAAGCUGCAGAGAAACUUUUUUAUAUUUGACCUUCUGAAGGUUUGAAUCAUUCUAAAAAAAAAAAAUAAAUCCUGAAAGGGUUUGUUCCAGAGAAAACUUUGCACAUGGUUUAAUGUGAGCUUAGUAAUUUAAAAUAAAACUACUGCUGUAAAAUACUAUGUAUAUCUCCUUGUGUGUAUAAUGUCCCACCUCAAAGUGACUUAUUGCACACUUGCCAUAUGUAGCAUCCUGAAAU